UUUAUCUCAGCACAAUAAUCAUGUCCGGCGGCAUCCGCGAGCCCGCCGGAGACGAGCCCGCAAAGCCGCUGACUCGCCACAAUCUCGAAAUUGAAGAUGUGGAAGACGACGUGGACGAUUAUUGUCCGAUAGAGCAGGUGCGGCUGACCGUGCCGGCGACGGAUGAUCCGACGGUGGUGGCGCUGACGUUCCGGACAUGGUUCCUGGGCAUAAUAGCGUGCGUGUUGCUUUCAUUCACCAACCAAUUUUUCGGUUACAGGCAAAACCAAAUUAGCAUUAGCUCUGUUGCCGCACAAAUUGUGACGCUCCCCAUAGGAAGAUUCAUGGCUAGAGUGCUGCCUACGAAGACCGUCACGGUUCCGAUGACGCCGUGGUCCUUCUCCUUGAAUCCCGGCCCCUUCAGCCUCAAAGAGCACGUGCUGAUCACCAUCUUCGCCAACUGCGGCGCCGGAGGUGUUUACGCGCUUAAUAUUGUCACUAUCGUCAAGGCGCUUUACCAUCGCCCUCUUCACCCCCUCGCCGCCUGGCUCUUAGUCCAGACUACUCAGAUGCUUGGGUAUGGAUGGGCUGGGAUAUUUAGGAGAUAUCUGGUGGACUCACCGUUUAUGUGGUGGCCUGGGAACAUGACUUCAAUCUCUCUCUUCAGAACGUUGCACGAAGAAGAUGUGAGGAAGAAGGGAGGGAUGACACGGCUGCAAUUCUUCGUGAUGGUGUUCGUGAUAAGCUUCGCAUACUAUGUCAUCCCAGCUUACUUCUUCCCCACUAUUUCAUCCAUUUCGGUCCUCUGCUACAUAUGGAAGGACUCCAUCUUGAUGCAGCAGCUCGGGUCGGGCCUCCACGGGAUGGGGAUCGGGUCCUUCGCCUUGGAUUGGGCCACUGUCAACUUCCUGGGCGACCCAAUCGCCACCCCGGGUUUCGCCAUCAUCAACGUUAUGGUUGGAUUCGUGAUCGUCAUGUAUGUCAUGACACCCAUCACCUACUUCAACAAUGUCUACCAGGCACAAAAGUUCCCCUUCUUCUCAUCCUCCACAUUUGACAACACCGGCCACAAAUACAACAUCUCCCGCGUCCUCAACGAGGCCACCUUCUCCUUCGACGAGGCCGGGUAUAAAGCAUACAGCAAGCUUCACGUCAGUACCUUCUUCGCCUUCAGUUAUGGCAUCGGGUUCGCUAUGCUCUCCGCUACCAUCGUCCACGUCGCUCUCUAUCAUGGAAAGACUAUUUGGACACUAUGGUCCAAGGCAAAGAGCAAUGCAAGGUUUGAUGUGCACACGAAAUUGAUGAAGAAGAACUAUAGAUCUGUGCCGGCGUGGUGGUUUCACACCAUCCUCGCUCUAGUGUUUGUGAUGUCUCUCUGGGCUUGUGAAGGUUUCGGCAAACAGCUGCAGCUGCCGUGGUGGGGGCUUAUCAUGGCGUGCGCGAUGGCGUUCAUGUUCACUCUGCCUGUAGGCAUAAUCCAAGCCACAACCAACAUGCAAAUCGGGCUUAAUGUGAUCACGGAGAUGAUCAUAGGCUACAUAUACCCGGGAAGGCCUCUUGCGAAUGUCGCCUUCAAGACCUACGGCUACAUCAGCAUGGCGCAAGCCUUGACAUUCCUCUCCGAUUUCAAACUAGGCCACUACAUGAAAAUCCCCCCGAGAUCCAUGUUCAUCGCCCAGCUGGCGGGCACGGUGGUGGCCUCCUCCGUCUACUUCGGCACGGCCUGGUGGCUCCUGGAGACGAUCGAGAACAUCUGCGACACGGCCGCGCUGGCCGAGGGGAGCCCCUGGACGUGCCCGGGGGACAACGUGUUCUACAACGCGUCCAUCAUAUGGGGCGUGAUCGGCCCGCUGAGGAUGUUCACGAGCCAGGGCGUGUACGGGAUGCUCAACUGGUGGUUCCUGGUCGGGACGGUGGCGCCGCUGCCGGCCUACUUCCUCAGCCGGAAGUAUCCGGAGAAGAAAUGGCUGAGGCUGAUCAAUGUGCCUCUCAUCUUGGGCGGCACGGCUAGCAUGCCGCCGGCGAGGUCGGUGAACUACAUAAUGUGGGGUGCGGUGGGGAUAUAUUUCAACAUAUACGUGUAUCGGGUGCACCGGCAGUGGUGGGCGAGGUAUGCUUAUGUGAUGUCGGCGGCGAUCAGUGCUGGGAUUGCGUUCAUGGGUGUGGUCAUUUACUUCACGCUGCAGUCGUAUGAUGUUUCUAUUUCUUGGUGGGGAUUGGAUGUUGACGACCACUGCCCUUUGGCCACGUGUCCCACCGCACCUGCUGUUGUUGUUAAAGGUUGCCCCGUUCAUUGAUGUCCUUUUUUAUUUAUAUAUGUUGUUAUUAGCCACUAUAAUGGCAUUGCUAUUGGGGAAUGCUCGUGUUUCUGGAUAUUUGGGUUUGUAAAGAAUUGUCAUUUUCUACGUUUUAUGUGUAAUACACAGUUGAUUGAUCAGUAAGCAGUUUUCUAUUUGUA